AUGUUGCAUGAUUUGAAUCAAAUGAUGGCUGCAUCUGUAGCCAACGCAAAUCAAAUGGCAAAUGUUAUCUCGCAAAGUGGUAUACAAUCGAUACCUACUACACUCGCUAAUGCCUCAUUGGAAUCGAAUUUAUCUCGUCCACCAGUUCCAAGAAGCAUUGAAAAUCUCCCUCCACCAACUCCAAAUGCUGCACCCCCAGCCCCUGCUCCACCAAAACGUCGAGAAAUCUAUCGCUAUACCGCCAGUCGUCCGUUAUUUGCUUGUGCAUGGUCGUGUAAGACACAUCCUGAAAAGCGUUGGCGGCUUGCUGUUGGUAGUAUUGUGGAAGAUAAGGGUGGACAUAAUCGAGUUGCAAUAGUUCAAUUAGAUGAACAGCAUGGUGACUUAAUUGAACGAUUCUCAUUUGAACAUACUUUUCCACCGAAUUGUAUCGAAUGGAUACCUGAUCUGAAUAACGCUUUUCCCGACUUAAUUGCGACUAGUAGUGAUUGUCUUCGAAUUUAUCGUGUUGAAAAUAAUAAUACAGCUACUGUGGAAUGUGUUUUAAAUAAUAAACAAGCGUCAAAUUACUCCGGUCCUUUAACUAAUUUUGAUUGGAAUGAUGUCGAUCCAACUUUAAUAGGAACGUCCUCAAUCGAUAUGAGUUGCACGAUUUGGCAAAUAGAGACAGGGCAAAGUUUAUCUCAGACUAAAAAAGUUACUGGAAAUGUGAAGACACAACUAAUAGCUCAUGACAAACCGGUUCAUGAUAUUUCCUUUUCGAAGAUGGGUAAUGGACGCGAUAAUUUCGCAACUGUCGGUGCCGAUGGAAGUGCGCGAUUAUUCGAUUUGCGUAAUUUGCAGCAUUCUACUAUAGUCUAUGAAGAUCCGCUUCGCACGCCUUUAAUGCGUUUAGCUUGGAACAAACAGGAUAGCCAUUAUUUGGCAACAUUCGCUCAAGAUUCCGCAGAGGUUAUUGUCAUUGAUGUUCGCAUGCCGUGCAGUCCUGUUGCUAGGCUACACAACCAUCGUGGUUGUGUCAAUGGUCUUGCUUGGGCUCCCCAUUCUUCUUGUCAUAUUUGUACGGCAGGUGAUGACCAUCAAGCAUUGAUUUGGGAUGUAUCUUCAAUGCCUCGACCAGUCGAAGACCCAAUUUUAGCUUACCAGGCUGGAGGAGAAGUUUGGUUAAUCAAGUUCAUUGGUCUGCAGCACAUAUCGACUGGAUUUGUAUUUGUUUUGGUAGAAGCAUGGAAAUACUUCGAGUUUAAUGGAUUCGUGGUAAAAGAUUUUAAGCGUUCAUCUAUAAUAAUAUGGAGCAUUUUUGAUUUAAUCGGUAUUGAUGAUCAUGCUAUGGAUUCAGUGUUUCGAAAGCGUAAGGAAAUAUAUAAAUAUGAAGCACUUUAUGCGUUAUUCGCAAUGGGAUGGUCAGUGCAUCCUGAAAAAUCAAAAAAAUUUCGAGUUGCUGUGGCUAGUUUUAUCGAAGAGUAUGCAAAUAAAAUUUCGGUAAUACAACUCGAUGAUGAGGCAUGUGAACUAAUUCAUCGAGGAACUUUUGAUCAUCCUUAUCCACCAACUAAAGUCAUGUGGAUUCCCGACCAUAAAGGAGUGUAUCCAGAUUUACUUGCAACCACCGGUGAUUAUUUACGUCUUUGGCGACUGGACGGUGAAAACGGUGCUAAACUUGAAGUUAGGCUUAACAAUAACAAAAGCAGUCAGUAUUGUGCACCUUUAACCUCAUGUGAUUGGAAUGAAAUUGAUCUUUCAAUUAUCGCAGUCUCAAGCAUCGAUACAACAUGUACAAUUUGGCAAAUUGAGACUGGACAAGCGAUUGGAACUACAGCUGCUGUUACAAAUGGUAUAGUGAAAACACAGUUGAUAGCUCAUGAAAAAGAGGUGUGCGAUGUCGAGUUUACCCGCAUUGGUAGCGGUCGUGAAGUAUUCGCCAGUGCUGGAGCUGAUGGAAGUAUACGUAUUUUCGACAUGCGUCAUUUAGAGCAUUCAACGAUAAUUUAUGAAGAACCUUCAAGAACUCCACUUCUUCGUCUCGCUUGCAAUAAGCAAGAUUCAAAUUAUAUUGCCUUUAUUGCACAAGGUUCUAAUGAGGUGCCACUUAUCGAUGUCCGAAUACCAAACAAAGCUAUAGCUAAAUUACGCAACCAUCAUGCAACAGUUAACGGAAUCGCAUGGUCACCAUAUACUCCUUAUCAUGUUUGUACUGCCGGUGAUGAUAAUCAAGCUUUAAUUUGGGAUAUGCAUUAUAUAAUGCGUCCUGUUGAAGAUCCCAUAUUAGCAUAUCAAGCUGACGGCGAGAUAAAUCAGGUGCAUUGGUCAGCUGCUUUUCCCGAGUGGAUCGCAAUUUGUUAUGAUAAAUAUUUAGAAAUCCUUAAAGUAUAG